CUACAUACUCUUCUCGCACAUCUUCAGUUGUUAUUUUAAUUCUGAACGAUGAGGUUGAUCAUAAUUCUUAUUACAACAAUUGCACUUCUCUUCUUUGGCAAAUGCUCAAGCUCUGCUGUUAUUGAUCUAAGUGAUGUUGAAACACCUACAGAAACACAAGAAAUCGCCGUCCGAGAUUUAGUUAUACGCACAAUUGGCGAAGAUGCCUCAAAAAGUUUCGUUGUGCAUGUUGAUAAGACAAUGCCAUCCAGAAGUUUUCAAAUUAAGAAGACAGAAGCAUCCACGUUAAGUAUUGUUGGAUCAGACGGGGUUGCAGUGGCGAAAGGUUUUCAUCAUUACCUCAAGUAUUACUUACAUAAGCACAUUGACUGGACCCACACUAAAGUUGAGUUGCAAUUGCCGAUUCAGCUACCAAAUGCCACGAUUUUCUCUAAAUCUGCCAGCAAUUUCAUUUAUUACCAAAAUGUUUGUACAUGGAGCUACAGUUUUGCAUGGUGGACUUUUCCCAAUUGGCGCCGCCACAUCGAUUGGAUGGCAAUGAUGGGUGUAACCUUAACGUUGGCACCUAUUCAAGAGUACAUUUGGCACGAAAUCUAUGUUGAAAUGGGCCUGACGAAAGAUGAAAUAGAUGAGCAUUUUGCAGGCGCAGCUUUUCAAGCGUGGCAGCGCAUGGGAAACAUUCGCGGCUGGGGCGGACCGAUACCACAUUCAUAUAGACGUAUGCAAAAAAUACUGCAACAGCGAAUUUUGAAAGCAGAACGUGAUCUUGGUAUGCGUGUAGCUUUGCCGGGCUUUGCAGGACAUAUACCUGUCGCCAUGACACGAAUUUUUCCGAACAAAACUUUUACACCUGUCGAACGUUGGAACCACUUUCCAGAUAAAUACUGCUGUGGUCUUUUCCUCGACCCUAGCGACCCGCUAUUUAAUCAAAUUGCACUCAAAUUUCUUAACAAGACCAUUGAAAAUUACGGCAGUGAUAAUAUAUACUUUUGUGAUCCAUUCAAUGAAAUUCAGCCGAGGUUCGCAAAUGCUGAAUAUAUGAAUGCCACGGCAUUUCAUAUUUACGAGUCCAUGCGUUUAGUUGACAACUCGGCGAUUUGGCUCUUACAAGGAUGGAUGUUUGUGAAGAAUAUUUUUUGGACAGAUGAAUUGAUCAAAGCUUUUCUGUUGGCAGUGCCGCUUGGCAAAAUGCUAGUGUUAGACCUACAAAGUGAACAAUUUCCUCAAUAUGAGCGUACACAUUCGUUCCAUGGUCAACCAUUUGUUUGGUGUAUGUUGCACAAUUUCGGUGGAACCCUUGGAAUGCAUGGAUCUGUUGAUAUUGUCAAUACGCAAAUACGUUUAGCAAGAGAUAUGGUAAACACGUCGAUGGUAGGUGUCGGUAUUACAGCGGAAGGUAUCAAUCAAAACUAUGCCAUGUACGAGUUGGCUUUGGAGCGCGGUUGGAUGAAAGAUGACUUUGAUUUAAAUAAUUGGUUUGAAAAUUAUGCUGAUGUACGUUACGGUAUUCGGGAAACCCGUCUGCAUAGUGCUUGGCAAUUACUCCGUCAAUCUGUCUAUUCCUACAAAGGAUUAUUAAAAAUUCGAGGAAAAUAUUCUAUUGCAAGAAGACCCUCCAUAAACCUCAGUCCAUGGGUUUGGUAUAACACUUCGAAUGUUUAUAUUGCUUGGGCUCAAAUGAUUUCGGUUAUAGGAAAUACUACCAUUCCUUUACACAAUCUACCGUUUGUCUCUCAUGACCUUGUUGACAUUACUAGACAAUUUUUACAAAUAACCUUCGACGAACUCUACGUGAAUUUAAUGGUUGCCUACACAAGUAAGAAUAUGGAGAAGUACGUUUUUAUAGCAGAUAAAAUGCUGGAGGCUUUAAAUGAUCUCGAAACAAUAUUAGCCACUAAUAUGGACUUCUCAUUAAGUCGAUGGUUAGAAGCAGCAAAGAAUUUGGGACGAACGCCGGUGGAGAAACAGCUUUACGAAAUGAAUGCACGGAAUCAAAUAACUGCAUGGGGGCCUAACGGCCAAAUUUUAGAUUAUGCAACGAAACAGUGGUCCGGUGUUGUUAUUGAUUACUAUCGGCCACGUUGGGCGCUAUUUCUCCAAAUGAUGCAAAAAAGUCUCGAGUUUAAUCAAAAAUUUAAUGAGGAAGCAUUUAAACGUACCGUUAGUCAGGAGAUUGAAAACCCAUUCAGUAUCAGCGUUAAAGUAUACCCAUCGGAACCGGUUGGCGAUAGUUUUACCGUUGCUCAGCGAGUUUUCCUCAAAUGGACCACGUACGCUGACGAUUCUCGUUUCAAAAAGUAUUGCAUCAAAUCUAUACGAUAUGUAUGAGCUAGUAUGUAUGUAUAUGACAAAACUCAUUACGAAGAUAAAUUAUUAUUAGGUACAUAUAUUUUUGUAACUCCUGUUGUAAAACGUUUUUAUUAUUUAUAUUGUAAUGACACUGAAGUUAAUGUACUCUAAAUUUGACAAUGACUUGCCAAGAUAGACGUUUACUUUACUCAUAAUACACGCGCAUAUUUGUCAAUGCUGCCGAUCGUGAAUAGAACUUGAUUGAUCCGUGAUAAUAGUGUUUUUCAAGGAGUGCUGAUUGAAUGCGCUCAUUUUUAUAACUAUUGACAGUUUGUAAAAAAUACUUAAAGCCAUCAUCUUGUUCCAUUCUUAUAUGAGCAUUCGACGUUACCGAGGUUAAACACAUUUCUGAACUUUGACUAAUUUAUGAAUAAAUGGGCUCGCCUAAAAUUUGUAUCUGAAUCAAUACAGACAUGAGUUUCUUAAGUUUCGAAAUGUUCAGUUACAGAAAUAAAUUUUAGAUUGAUCUAACGUUAUUUAAACUGGCAUAAGACGUUAAUUAAAACAAAAAACAGCAUCUAAUUAAAUUUGUUAAUCAUUUCUUACGUCACAGAAGAGUAGAAAGGUUAAAAGGCUUGAGGUUAUCAUUAUAAUCUCAACCCAAGUACCUUAGCGAAAUAAGUUACGAUGGGUAAAGUUCAGGUUCAUUUAAUACUUCUGUAUUUGUGAGGCCCACAGCCGGUGAAGUAUUUGCAGUUGUUGGAAAAAAUGUACACUCAGUCCUUUUUUACGCGAUCUCUUUUUACGCUAUUUCACUUUAACGCGGUUAUUUUUUCAGCGCAAAUUCCUUUUUUUACGCGAAUUACUCACUUUAACGCGAUUGCUUUUUUUCGUUUUUUGCUUGGUCUUAAACUUGCAGCAGAAUUUUUCAAAAAGAAUUGAGUCUCUGCAUGUUAAGAUAUAAAGAACUACAUCGGAAUUUAUUGGGUCCAAAGAGAAGCAUUCAACAAAAUUAACUGAAUUUAUGGUGCAAACUCAGUCGGAGAUGCUAAGUCAAUCAGAACAUCGAUCCAUAGUUCUUACUAUUGAUUCUGAUACAAAUUCUAGUGAUAUCAGUGCCGGCCAUCAAAAUAAGCGGCUAAGAAUAAUUUCCACUACGGAUAAUGACAGUGAUUAAACAGCAUUCAACGGUUUUUUCAAUAAAUCUACCUAUUUUCUAUUUUCUUCUCUUUUAUAUAUGGUUUUUGUUUUGUAUUUUUUAUGUUGUUAUGAAUGAAUAAAUCAUAAGUCUGAAAUUUGAACCUUA